AUGGGAAGUGGUGACCUGAAUUUGAAGAAGUCAUGGCAUCCAGCGGUGUUCAAAAACCAGGAGCGUGUCUGGAAGGAGGAAAAGAAGGCCCUAGAUGAGCGCAAACGCAUCGAACAGCUCCGACGUGAGCGUGAAGAAGAGCGUCAAAUGCAAGAAAUCCAGCGCCUAGAGGAAGCCUCUGGAAAAACGAAGCAGAUUAGCCGAGUCGACUGGAUGUACCAGGCCCCCUCAACCGAAACGGGCCACUACUCCGAGGAGAUGGAAGGUUACUUGCUUGGAAAGCGACGCAUUGAUGGGAUCUUGAUGAAGAAUUCUGAAUCCUCGGAAAAGAACAAUGCUGUUACUCGCGGCGCCCCGACUGGAGAGAACUCGGAUGCGGCUCCCCGCCCCGUUGUAUCUCAGCGUGAUACCAUGCAGAAGGUUCUUUCAGACCCGCUGCUGGAAAUCAAGAAGAAGGAGCAAGCCGCGUACGAGGCCACUGUUAAGGAAGUCAUGAAACGUAAGGAGAGGGAAGCACGACGAGAUGGCGAUAAAGAUUCUGGACACUCGCGACACAGAGAUCGCCGACAUGAACAUGGUUCGAAGCGUCGCCGGUACAGUGAUGACGCGGAAGAAGAUCGUCAUCGGUCUCAUCGCUCUUCUCAUCGCUCAUCCCACCCCUCCUCUAAUAGAUGUCGGUCCCGAUCUCGUUCGCCCAGGCGAUCUUCCGCCAACUACCGUGGAGACCGAUACCUUGGAGAUGGAAACCCUCACAGUGGAGACAGAUAUCGUGGAGAUCGUGACCAUGGAGAUCGUGAGGUCAACUGUGGUCGUGGAAUUAACCCAGACCGCGAAGGUCUUGACCGUGGUUAUCGUGAGGUUAGCCGAAACCGCGGAGACCGAGACGGCAGGGAUGAAUAUCACGGCCGAGACCGACGCGACGCCCGAGAGAAAGGCUCACACCCCCGAGAUCGUGAUGACAGACGUGACCGCUCCCGACGACGUUCUCCUGAUCGCAACAGCCGUUAUACUAACGAUCGUGGCACUCGCCGAGAUGAGCCCCGAAAUGAAUACAAUAACCGCCGCGAGUAUUCCAACCGAGAUCGUGAGCCUCAGUCUCGUCCAAAUCCUAAGGAGCAGGAGGCAGAGAGACUCCGCAAGCUGGCAGAAAUGCAAUCCAACGCCAACGAACUGGAAACAACUCGUCGCCAGCGUAUUGCCGAAAUUACAAUCAAGGAACAAGAAAAGAAGGAAGCCGACGACCGCCAACGCUCGGACCGUGGUGCAUUCAUGUCCAAGGUACACAGGCGUGUGCAAGAAGAUAGUCUUGAUGAGCGCAUUCGCCGCAACCGCGGUGGCCUCUCGAAGAUGGAAGAUUAA